ACUUCGCAUCUCAUCGAAUUGUUCCACUGUACCCGGGGGCAUCGUCGUGUACCUGCCUCGGCUCCCCCACCACACUCGGGUCCCCGCAGGAACCACUCAUCUAAGCAGCCGGAAGAAACCCAGGCAGCGGAGCGAGUCUGCCGGGCACCCAAGGGCUCGGCUUGCGAUCCCCCCGGGAGCCUCCGCUCAGCCGGAACCUUUCUGCACAGCACAGGCCGCGCGCUUCGGGGCGGAGCACACAGGAACCGGAAGUCGGUGGGGGAGGACUGCGCCGUGGGAGCCUGCUGCUAGGACUUGGAAGAUGAGUGUCUCGUAUUUCCUGAAGGCGAGAGCUAGAGUCCUUGGAGUAGAAGGAAGGUGGAGAGGCUUACCAGCUCCACUGAUGUCAUCCCUAUUCCAAGAUCUACAUAAUUUCUGCUGUCGGAAAAAAUCCACUGAACCCGAGAGAAUUAUUAGCAGUUCUGAUGAAAAUGUAAAGGAUUCUGGAAAUGCACUUAGUAAGGUCUUCUCUUCAGAAGAGCAGGCUUCCAUCCUGCGUGUGUUGAAUACAGCAUCUAAUAAAGAACUUGAAGCUUUCAAAUUGCUUCGUGGAAGAAAGUCCAUCAAUAUUAUAGAGCACAGAGAAAAGUUCGGGCCAUUUCAGAAUUUGGAGAGUUUGAUGAAUGUGCCCUUGUUCCAGUAUAAAACUAUUGUUCGAGUUUGUCACUCAAUUCUUUGUCCAGAGACUGAGAAGAAAAAAAAGUUCCCAGAAAACCGGCAGUUGAGAAACCUCAUCAAACCAAACAUAGCAAGAGAGAGACUGAAGGCAGCGAACAGUAUCGUGUCUGUUGUGUUUGGCACUCGAAGAAUUGCAUGGGCUCACCUCGAUCGUACACUGGAGGUGCUGGACUGGCAGCACAAUGACUGCUGGAUGUUAAGGAGUAAAACGCACCCAUCAUCAGUUUAUUUAGAAGAGAUUUCUUCAGUCAUUUCAAAGAUGCCAAAAGCAGACUUCUAUGUUCUGGAAAAGACAGCACUUCCGAUUCAGAACUCAACUCUGUUCCCCAUUCUGUUACAUUUUCAUAUCACAGAAGCCAUGCUGUAUGCCUUGCUAAAUAAAACUUUUGCGCAGGAUGGCCAGCACCACGUACUGAGCAUAAGUCGAAAUGCAGUGGGGAAGCACUUUGAGCUGAUGAUCGGUGACUCUCGGACGAGUGGAAAAGAACUAGUCCAGCAGUUCAUAUCUGACUCUGUACUGAAGGCCGAGCCUCGAGUGUCUUUCCCGAAGGAUAAAGUGGUGCACUACAGAGACAGAUUUUUAUCUAACUCAUACCGAAUAGAAGAGUUGUAUGAUUCAUUGUUACAAGCUGUUGCUUUCUAUGAGUUAGUAGUUUUUGAGCCAGGCGUGGUGGCACACGCCUGUAAUUCCAGCACUCGGGAGGCUGAGGCAGGAGGAUCGUUGAGUUCGAGA